UAUACAUAGCUUGCGUGCAGACGGACUUUCCUUCGCUCCUUCGUUAAGGACUUUACGAAGGAACGAAGGAAAGUCCGCCUGCACUUAGGCUGGGUUAUUCAAAAUUAGCCGAAUUUGGCACUCUUUGAACGAAAUUAUCUAGGUUUUUUGUCAACACAUUGUGUACGUGGGUGAUUUUAAAAUGGCGGCUACAAGGAAUGAUGCUCCGUUAGAUUCUAACUCUAGAAGCCGUCAAAAGGGCUUAAAUAUUCCGUUUUUAGACGAAGACGAGUUUCCUUUGGCUUAUUUCACUGAGCACCGAGUCUCUAAGGAUGAAUUCUUCUCAGAUGAGUCGGAAUCUAGCCAAGAGGAUUCGGAUGAUCCCACCUCUCACGAAGACACAGACAAGGAAAUGGGUGAGGAUGUGGAGGAAAAUGACUGGUCUGAGGGAAUCAAUCGUAGGGAAGAUGUACAAUUUCAAAAAGAGGUUGGAAUAAAUGUUGAUUCGGAAAACCUUCGAUCUUACCUGGAUUUCUUUUUGCUGCUCUUUACUGAAGAAUAAAGGCUGAUAGUUUCGAAGGAAACUUUUUGGGGCUGCGUCGGUGGGAGUAACGAAAUAAUUUGG